AUGGCGUCAACAGCAUGCUUGAGUGUGUUCAUAAUAUUGCUCUUCGUCUUCAGCUCGACAUCAUUGGCAUCAGUCUUCUUGGAUCCAAAUAAAGCACGCAAUGUCUUGGUGCGCACCAGGAGGUUCAACUCAGGCUGGCUGGAGGAACUGCAAAAGGGCGAUCUGAAGAGGGAAUGCUUGGAGGAGAAGUGCUCAUAUGAAGAAGCACGGGAGGUGUUUGAGCAUCAAGAGGCCACGGACGAGUUCUGGAGGACAUACAGUAUUCCAGACAGCUGUGAGUCGAAUCCCUGCUUGAACGGAGGAACAUGUUUGGUUUUGACGGCGUCUUACAACUGCCUUUGUCCACCUCACUUUAGUGGUCUUAACUGCGAGCACGACGACCGUGUCGGCCCAGUCACGUGCCUUCUAGAGAAUGGCGGUUGUGAGCACUUCUGUGAAGAAGUCGAGAGUGGCGGAGGACUCAGGUGUUCUUGUGCAGAUGGAUACGUUUUGAAUUCUGAUGGCCAGAACUGUGUGGCAAAAGAAUCUAUACCGUGUGGCGUGACUCCAGUCCUUCUGGAUCAGAACAAUACCAAUCACCUUGACCCUCGUGCUCGGAUUGUGGGCGGAAAAGAGUGCCCAAAAGGCGAAUGCCCCUGGCAGGUGCUGCUGCUUUAUAAAGGUAAAGGGUUUUGUGGUGGAGUAAUCAUUGAACCCAUGUGGAUCCUCACAGCAUCUCAUUGCUUGGAAGAUACUGAUUUGCAGUUUCUAGAUGUGGUUGCAGGUGAACACAACACAGCGGUAGAGGAGGGAACAGAACAGGUCAUCCACGUGUCUCAAAUCCUAAUGCACGAGAACUACGUAAAGGCGACGGCUGACAACGACAUCGCCCUGCUACGACUGGCCUCGCCCGUGAUUUAUACGCCAUAUGCCGUGCCGGUGUGCCUGCCCACUAAAUCUUUGGCUGAUCGUGAUCUUUGGGCUAUCCACAUGCACACGGUAAGCGGUUGGGGACGGAGAGCGGAGCAUGGUCCAACAUCACAUAUCCUGCGUCGCCUCAGGGUGCCUCGCAUACGUACCCAACAGUGCAUUGAAGAAAGUGGUGUGAAGAUCACGAAAAAUAUGUUUUGUGCCGGAUACCUUAUGGGCCGUGAGGACUCAUGUAAAGGAGACAGCGGAGGCCCUCUUGUGACGCAGUACAAAAAGACCACAUUUUUGUUGGGCAUCGUGAGCUGGGGGAAGGGCUGCGCCCGGCCAGGCCAUUAUGGUAUAUACACGCGAGUCUCCAACUACCUGCGGUGGAUACAUAACCACACAGUGACACUACAAAUUUCAAACGGCACACAAUUUCCACUGCAUAAUCUGACCACCUGA